AUGACCGCGGAUAGAUUUGAUGUUUCGAUUGGUGCUUUGUACGCGAGGUCAAGUGUUAGUGAUGUUUGGGACUUCAUCCCCUGGGAAUUUGGGAAAGCCGUUGUUCAGCUUCAAGGCUGCGACGCGUCGGUGAUGAUCGCGUCCGUCACCAACGACGCCGAGAAGGACGCGCCGGACAACCAGUCCCUCGCCGGCGACGGCUUCGACACCGUCGUGCGCGCCAAGGCCGCCGUGGAGAAGGCCUGCCCCGGCGUGGUCUCCUGCGCCGACGUCCUCGCCCUCGCCGCCAGGGACGUCGUCACCAUGUCGUCCGGCCCGCGCUGGACGGUGGAGCUCGGCCGGCUGGACGGGCUCGUCUCCAAGGCCAGCGACGUCACGGGCAGGCUGCCGGGGCCGGACAUGCAGCCUGACACCAUCGCCGCGAUGUUCGCCGACAACAACCUCACCGUCGACGACAUGGUCGCGCUCUCGGGCGCGCACACCGUCGGCUUCUCCCACUGCACGCGCUUCGCCGGCCGGCUCUACCGCUCCAGCGCGGUGGCGGGCCCGUCGUACUACAGGGCGUCGUACGCGCGGCAGCUGAUGGCGGCGUGCCCGCGCGACGUCGGCCCGACCAUCGCCGUCGACAUGGACCCCGUCACGCCCACCGUCUUCGACAACACCUACUACGCCAACCUCGCCGGCGGGCUCGGGCUGUUCGCCUCCGAUCAGGCGCUGCACGACGGCGCCGCGUCGCGGCCCGUAGUGGAGGGGUUCGCCGGGAACCAGACGCUCUUCUUCGAGGCGUUCAAGGAGGCCAUGGUCAAGCUCGGGAGAGCCGGGGUGAAGAGCGGCCGGGGCGGGGAGAUCAGACGAGACUGCACCGCCUUCAACAAGCAGUAACAAGUACACUUGUGAUCGAAAUGUACGCAUUUUCUUUCCAAGAAAACGCCAAAGGUGUUCAUGGACACGCCACCUCCUC